AUGCGUUUAGCUUUUGAAGUGGAGAAGGAAAACAUGAGAAAAGCCUUUGAAUGUGAGAAAGAAGAAAUGCGACAGAAUUUCUUAAAAGAGAAAGACAACAUCCGCUUGGAAUUUCAGGAAUCGAGACAUGUUUUCAAGCUGUCUUUCGAAGACGAGAAAUCUGCGUUGAUAAAAUCAUGGGAUCGUGAAAAACAGACUCUUCUUGACAAUUACAUCAAAGAGAAGAAGGAAUUAAGAGCGCAAUUUGAGCGACUUUUGAGGGAGAAAGAGGAAGGAUCCGAAAAGGCUGAAAUGGAAGCGAAGAUUCGCAAAGAGCUUGAGGGAAUCGAGCCCGGGCGGGGGGGGGGUACUCCCGUAUAUGGGCUUUAUAGGUACGUGCCGCGGAAUAGGGUAUGGUUUUUGAGGUUCUCGGUCCUUAAAUAGGGUAUCUUUUUUGACCCUUUUGUUUCUGUGUCCCUGGUGUGGUCCUUAAAUAGGGUAGCUUAAUUGUAUUAUCUAAUACUGGAGUGUGAAAAAGCCCGCCUAAACGAACAUUUUUUUUUUUUAAACUAGGCUUAUUCAAGUAUUUUAUGCUUGAUGCUAUACAUCCAAUGUUACAGAGAAGAAAUAAGGUUUUCUUUUUCAUGCUAUUAAUAAUUUUGUUUUUUCCUUGAAUAGGGUGUCAUUUUUCGGCUUUCGGCCUUAAAAAGGGUAUUAGUUUUCGCUUUCUUAGUCCUUAAAUAGGGUUAGGGUUCACGAACCUUCGCGGCACACCCCAAUCCAAAAUUCGCGGGAGUACCCCCCCGGGGGAUCGAGGAAGUAAAAAAUGACCUGAGGCGGACAUUGUCGCAGGGCUUGGGCGAUCUGGAGAAUGUUUACUUCGAGGAGAACGCGUAUCUCGAGACCCUCUAUAAUCACGAGCAACCAGAGGUUGAUAUGCACUUUAAAAGUAUAUUAGAUGCCGAAACGAGCCUGGAUAAAGAGGAGCUGUUGAAAUCGCUCAAACAAGAGAAGACCAAAAUGCAUUCUCACUACGCCAAUAAGCACAAGUUAGUAGAGCACCAGUUUGCGUUGGAAAUCGUUGACAUGGAACAGAGGUUCAAACAGCAAAAGAACGAUUUGAUGAACAUUUUUAGAAGGGAAAAGUCGGACAUGGAAGAGAGCUUUAUUAAAGAAAAGGAAGACAUCAGACGCAAAUUCGAGGUGGAAUUUCGCAGAAUACUUCAGCAACAGAGGUUGAAAUUCGAGUCGGUAAUACAAGGUUACGAGCACGACAUCUCUGUUUUGAAAUAUCAAAAAGAACAGCUGGAAAAGUGUUUUUCCUUAGAAGUGCAAACAUUGAAAUUAAAAUUCGACCACGAGAAGCUCGAAAUUGAGAACAGGUUUAAAAACGAGAAGAAGGACCUUAAGAGGGUUUUGAAAGGGCAAUACGAGAGAAAGCUGAGUGGGGAUAAACUCCGGCUUGAAUGGCUACUAGAUCAGAUUCAGCUUGGAAGAAGAGCAAGCACUGAUCAAUUGGACUCUAAUGAUUCGGCGCUUAGCACAAGUUCUAUUUAUUCCGAUUAA